UUGUGGGCCGAGGGGCGGGGGUUGGGAAGAUGGCGGCUCCCAGCCUCCUCAACUGGAGGCGGGUUUCCUCCUUCACAGGGCCGGUGCCCCGCGCCCGGCACGGACACCGAGCCGUGGCCAUCCGGGAGCUGAUGAUCAUCUUCGGCGGGGGCAACGAGGGCAUCGCGGACGAGCUGCACGUCUACAACACCGUUACAAAUCAGUGGUUCCUACCAGCUGUUAGAGGAGACAUCCCUCCAGGUUGUGCAGCCCAUGGAUUUGUCUGUGAUGGUACUAGAAUACUAGUGUUUGGGGGAAUGGUUGAAUAUGGAAGAUACAGCAAUGAGUUAUAUGAGUUGCAAGCAAGCCGUUGGCUAUGGAAAAAAGUGAAACCCCAGCCUCCUCCUUCGGGUUUACCGCCUUGUCCUCGGCUUGGACAUAGUUUCUCUUUGUAUGGUAACAAGUGCUAUUUGUUUGGUGGUCUGGCAAAUGAAAGUGAAGACUCAAAUAAUAAUGUUCCCAGGUAUUUGAAUGAUUUCUAUGAGUUGGAACUACAGCAUGGUUCUGGUGUCGUGGGCUGGAGCAUCCCAGCCACCAAAGGCAUUGUACCUUCUCCGAGAGAGUCCCAUACUGCGAUUAUAUAUUGUAAAAAAGACUCUGGGCGUCCUAGGAUGUAUGUUUUUGGUGGAAUGUGCGGUGCUCGCCUGGAUGACCUAUGGCAGCUUGAUUUAGAAACUAUGUCAUGGUCACAACCAGAAACAAAGGGGACUGUACCACUUCCACGAAGCCUCCAUACAGCCAGUGUCAUUGGAAACAAGAUGUACAUUUUUGGUGGAUGGGUUCCACACAAGGGGGAAAAUACUGAGAAUUCACCUCAUGAUUGUGAAUGGAGAUGUACCAGCUCAUUUUCUUACCUAAAUCUAGAUACAGCAGAGUGGACAACUCUAGUAUCAGAUUCUCAAGAAGAUAAAAAAAAUUCAAGGCCCAGACCAAGAGCUGGACACUGCGCUGUUGCAAUCGGAACUCGAUUAUAUUUUUGGAGUGGAAGAGAUGGCUACAAAAAAGCACUUAAUAGUCAAGUUUGCUGCAAGGAUCUUUGGUAUCUUGAUACUGAGAAACCGCCAGCACCAUCACAAGUCCAGUUGAUCAAAGCUACUACCAACUCUUUCCAUGUCAAGUGGGACGAAGUGCCGACGGUUGAGGGCUAUCUUUUGCAAUUGAAUACUGACUUGCCAUACCAAGCUGCAUCACCUGAUUCUUCAGCAGCACCAAAUAUGCUAGGAGGCAGGAUGGACCCUCACAGACAAGGCAGUAAUAGCAUCCUUCAUAACAGUGUUAGUGAUACAGUAAACAGUGCAAAAACUGAACACACAGCCAUGAAGGGAACUGCAGUGAGAAACAAACCAGAUUUCAGAGCAACAGAUUCUAAUGCUGCUUUACAUUCACCUUUGGCGCCUAAUGCUUCUAAUAAUAACAGUUGUGUGACGGAUAUGCUAUGGAAGAAUGAAGUUGAUGAAAUAUGUGCUCUGCCUGCAACUAAGAUCAGCCGUGUAGAGGUGCAUGCUUCAGCAACGCCCUUUUCUAAAGAGACACCUUCAAAUCCAGUGGCCGUUUUGAAAACAGAACAACAAUGGUGUGAUGUGGGAAUUUUUAAAAACAAUACUGCUUUGGUGAGCCAGUUUUAUUUGCUACCAAAAGGAAAACAAAGUAUGUCAAAGGUAGGAAAUGCAGAUGUACCUGACUACAGUUUACUUAAGAAACAGGAUCUUGUUCCAGGAACAGUAUAUAAAUUCAGAGUUGCUGCAAUCAAUGGUUGUGGAAUAGGCCCUUUCAGCAAAAUCAGUGAAUUUAAAACGUGUAUCCCUGGUUUUCCUGGAGCUCCUUCCACAGUCCGUAUCUCCAAGAAUGUCGAAGGGAUCCACCUUUCCUGGGAGCCUCCAACUUCACCUUCUGGGAAUAUUUUGGAAUACUCAGCCUACUUGGCUAUCCGCACAGCACAGGUGCAGGAUAAUCCAAGCCAGCUUGUGUUCAUGAGGAUCUACUGUGGUCUUAAAACCUCAUGCAUUGUGACUUCUGGGCAGCUUGCAAAUGCGCAUAUUGAUUACACAUCCAGACCUGCCAUUGUAUUCAGGAUAUCAGCAAAGAACGAAAAGGGCUAUGGACCAGCCACCCAAGUUCGAUGGCUUCAAGAUCCAAAUAAAAAAUAGAAAGAAGCAAAGACUGAAAAUUAGUAUAUGGAUUCUUCCUUACCCAUAUAACUACUUAUAAAGAAAACAAGAGCAAAACAAAGACAGAAGCUGUAAGGUGUAUUGCCCCUUCUCUUUUGUAAAGGCCUCGUAACUCAGUCAUCUGCAGCCACUGAGAUGAGUCCAGUAACUGGCUGGUGUACGCCUUGCUGUGGUGAAAGUGUUCCACGUUGUAAAUGCCCUCCUGAGUAUCCUCCUGCCUUUAUCCCAUGAGCAGUGCUCUUCUACCAACUCUUUCCAGUGCAUAGGAUUUAUGAUACCUAAACUUACUCCUUUAUUUAUAGUUACCACAAGCCUAAGAAGUUUAAAAGAAAAAAAAAAAGGCAAGUGCAGGAACUCUGUCUUGUUUUUUUUCCCCCCUGAGAAUCCUAGCAAAUAGAAAAAGGAUAGUGGAUAGUCUUGAUUGGUAUAUGACCAAUAUAUCUGACUAUAUCUUUAGCUGAAGCACUUAAUCUAUCUGGCCCUUAAUUUCUUCACCAGCAGGUGAGAGAGUUAGACGAGUUUUCGUGACGGUCCCUUUCAGCUCUGGUGUUUUGUAUUCUCCUUACAGUCAGGUGUGUCCCUGAACGCUGUCCUUUGUAGAGGUCUUCCUCACUCUAACUGUGCUUUUCCUUGACUUCAUUAAAAAUCAAGGCGUGUGUCCUCCUCCUGACGAAAGAAGUAAGCACCUUAACAGGACACAGGUUUUUAAAUAGUGUUUUAAACAUUUGUAAGAUUUUUGUAAAUGCUCUAGAUGUUUUAUUUUUGCAUUAUUUUUACCUCAAAAUUGUAUAAGCUUUUGUAUACCAGAAAUAAAAAGCACUAGACAGCCAGUUCAGGCUCCUUACCACCUUAGAGAUGCAGAUAAUUCCAUGACCAUUUGGCUGCAGGUAACUUCCUUUACACCUUCUGAAGUCUCUUAGUUUGGCCGCCUAGUCCGUUUGGAAAUGAGUAUGUACAGGCAGUAGCUGCAGAAAAGACGUUUCCGGCUGCGAGCUGCCGUGACUGCAGGAGCACAAGCCUGGCUGCUUCUGCCACACGGUCUCAGUGCCAGUUAAGGUGAUGAGUAGCUGCACCCUCCAACUUUACAUAAAAUAUGCCCAGUGAAGAGGAAUCUAAUUGUGAAGAAUUGAUAUAUAUGCCAGUUACUAACUUAAAGUGUAUAGAAUAUUUUAAUAUAUAAUUUUUGUAAAGACUGGGAUUUUAUACUACAGUAUUUGUAAUUAAUGCGUCUCACUAAUUAAAUUUCUCUUGAAGAAAAUAUGCAAACUAUUAGACACAUGAGUGGUUUCUGAACUCUAAAGAUAAAAAAUAAAUGCACUACUCUGGUGUUAUUAGAAUACCUUUUUUGGGUACAUGAGUCCUUAAUCAUUAAAUGGGUACUUUCCAAGCAGUGUUUACAAGGAGCACCUCUGGUUGGUUAUUCCAGCAGCUCCCGUGGGGAGAGCUUCACUCUGCCUUCAUUUAAUUUAUGUGCUUUGCUUUGGGCAGUGCUUGCUUUUUGCACUAGGAGACUUUGAACUUACCUCAUUAUUAUGUUUGUAAUCAUUUGUGUAGCUUCCAUGAUGUGUCUGAUAAAGCUAAACAUGUCUUAACCAAAGUUAUGUGGUAUGCAGAUUUGCACAUACUGAGUGGUAGGCUUUGUUGUAUGUGUGUGCUCAGCUUAGAAUAGCCAGUUACAGGAAGUGUAUGUUUCAAGCCCAGUUACUUUCUUAGAAAACUUCUGACUUUCAGUCCCUAUUCUCUGCAUCAGUUAACAGUUUACAUCUUGAAACAUUUAUCUUUCUGUUGAGGAAUAAGUUGAUGUAUAGCAGACUAGAAUGUUGGUUUUGUGUGUGUACUUUUUUUGUCUAUUUAGUAUGUGAUUUAGUUUAUUUUGCUUAAAGGCAUCUUCUAUUCUAGACCAGGAGACAGAUAUGAGCCCAUGGUUCUAACAUACGAUUUGCUUCUUUGACAAAAGGGUAGCCUUUCUAUAUCAAGUGAUUUGUUAAAAUAAUAAAUCUUUUUACCUUGCAAA